AUGGCGACCGAGAAGAAGGCCCCUAAAAUUUUCGUCUUCGGAAGUGUGAACGGGCAGCUUCGCUCAGCCUUCACCAAGAUCGGCGUGUUGCACGCCAAAAAUGACUUCAGCUUUGGGAUUGUCACGGGCAAUCUCUUUGCCACGGAGCAGGAUGACGAGCAACUAAGCUCCCUUCUUAAUGGAGACAUCGAGAUCCCCUGCUCCGUCUACUUCACCUCUGGCACAGUCCUGCUUCCCCACCGGGUGGUCGAGAAGAUCCAAGAGGGGGAUGAGAUCGCUCCCAAUCUCCAUUUCCUCGGCAAGCGCAGCAUCAUCAACACCCUCGAGGGUGUGCGCAUCGUGACCCUGGGUGGGGUUCCUGUCCCCGAGAACGCCGCACCGGGAACGUCGCAGGAGCUGUCCUUGGCAUAUCACGGCGACGACGAUGCCAAGUCUCUCCAGUCCGCCAAGAACGUCGACAUCUUGCUAACUUCCAUCUGGCCAACUGGGAUAUGGAACAAGAGCGCCAAGGCCGUCGAGAUGAGCAUUGAUUCCACGACGGCCCCCAAUAACAAAGCCAUUGCAGAUCUUUGCAACGCGCUCAAGCCCGCGUAUCACUUUGCCACGUCCCCGGGCAAUGUGUGCUUCGAGCGAGAGCCCUUUGCUUCUGUUGGAGGCGGUGCAGAUGGCGAUAGCAUCGCGGUCACUCGGUUCAUAUCGCUAGCCCCAUGGGGCAACGCAGAGAAGGCCAAGAGCAUGUACGCCUUUACUAUCAACCGUGAAGCUUUCACAACCCCGCCGCCGGGCAGCACGGCGACACCAUUCCUCGGACUGGCGCCAAAGAAGCGCUCGGCCGAAGACGCUGGGUUUUCUCGCUUCUCCCAUGGCCACGAUAACCGCCAUGGCAACCGGAAGCAUCGUAGGGACCGAUCGCCUCCCCCCGGCCCGGACCGAUGCUUUUUCUGUCUCUCCAACACGAAUCUGCCGCAACACAUGAUCACGAGCAUCGGUGAUGAGGCCUACCUUGUCACCGCCAAGGGGCCGCUCCUGGCUGUGGAUACCUUUGAGGAAUAUGGACUAACCUUUCCGUGCCAUUUCAUCAUCGCCCCGCUGGAUCAUGCCCCCUCGGUCAGCACCGAGGUCAUGGGCGUGGACAAGGCCAAGAAGACGUACGAGGACAUGGCAAUGUAUCUCAAAUCUCUCCAGAAGAUGGUCUCGGCGCUUUCGGGCCACCGGUUGGGCACCGUCGCCUGGGAGUUCAACCGUGCCCGCAACAUCCACGUGCACUGGCAGACCAUGCCAGUGCCGGCCGCACAGGUCCUCGACGGCAGCGUCGAAGCCGUGUUCCAACAACUAGCCGUCAAGUCCGAGCUUGGGGAGUUUGAGGAAGAGGACUUUGGCACAGCUGACGAGGCCGGGGGUGAUCAAGACUAUCUGCGCGUCUGGAUCUGGGCGGAGGGGAUGGAUGGCAACAAUCUAAACUUGGAAACGGUUGCCAAGAGCCUGGUGAUCAAGUUCGACAAGCACGUGCCGUUCGACCUUCAGUUUCCCAGAAAGGUCAUGGCCAAACUUCUCAGCCUGGAGCACCGCGUCGUUUGGCAGACGGUGGGCCAGACCGAGCAGGAGGAGACGGCAGACGUCGCCGCUUUUCGCGAGGCGUUCAAGCCCUACGAUUUCACGCUACUGGCGCAGUAA